UUCUUGCUCCGAGUCCCCUCCAUUCUGUGCACCACUCCUUGAGUGUCACCCGAACCGGGAAUUGUCUUUGCUGCUGGGCCAAACUAGUUCUACAAUAAGUUGAAAAAAUGGCACCCAAGAAGGACCCUAAGGCUCCCGCCAAGAAGGCUGAGCCCGCACCCGCACCGGCACCGGCACCCGAGCCAGCCCCCGCACCCGCUGCGGCGCCCGCCAUCGACCUGUCCGCCGUCAAGGUAGAGUUCAGCCCAGACCAGGUUGAAGACUACAGGGAGGCUUUUGGACUCUUCGACAGGGUGGGUGACAACAAGGUGGCAUACAACCAGAUCGCCGACAUCAUGCGCGCUCUGGGUCAGAACCCCACCAACAAGGAGGUGAACAAACUGUUGGGGAACCCCUCCGCUGAUGACAUGGCCAGCAAGAGAGUAGAGUUUGAGAUGUUCCUGCCCAUGCUGCAGACCAUCAUCAACAGCCCAAACAAGGCAGGCUUUGAGGACUACGUUGAGGGUCUGCGUGUCUUUGACAAGGAAGGCAACGGCACAGUGAUGGGUGCUGAGCUGCGUAUCGUCCUGUCGACACUGGGUGAGAAGAUGACUGAGGCUGAGAUUGAUGCCCUCAUGGCAGGACAAGAGGAUGAGAAUGGCUGUGUCAAUUAUGAGGCCUUUGUCAAGCACAUCAUG